CCUCAAAGAGCCAGUACUUAGAGCCGACACGUUGGCUCCCUACUUAUCGCUUGAAAUCAGCCGCGGGUCAUUUACGUGCUGUUUCUUUCCUUUCCAUCAUGAGCCAGAGGGCUUAAUACCGCCCCCACCUCUCCUUAGUUUGUCUAAGACUGUGACGUGCUGUCCUCAGAAUUUGGGUUUAUCUAGUUACAAGACACUGCAGAUGCGCGACAGUCCACGUCUCUAGGUUUCCCCUGUUAGAGUUAGGUUUAUUUUUUUUUUUUAGUAUUUUUUUCACCAGCUUUACGCAUGAUCCUCAUGUGCGCCGUUCUUUGUAGACGUUUACUAAUGGAUCGACUCAUCUGCAAAUGCGUGGACUUUCAAGAUAUAGUGGUAAUGAUACAAAGAUUUCGAUGCACUCCUUCAACAGUUGCUGUUUCAAGCGCACUCACUGAGUGUCUUCUGCUGCGGUUCUGCUGCGGUUCCCAUGGCUUACCACCCUUUCCAAGUUGACGGAGCGGACGCCUUUUCUCUGCCAGCGUUCAUCCCCCGCGCACAGUCCUCACGUAUCCCCUCCAUAGCCGCGGACGCACGGCUGCGCGCAGCUAUGGAGCUCCGGAGUCGGCCAGUACACCCGCGGACCACGAAGCGCCAGGAACAGCCCGAACAAUGGCUGGACGACGAUCCGAAAGUCACGCUGGAAUCUAAGGAUUUGUGGAGUGAAUUUCACAAGAUGGGGACUGAGAUGGUUAUCACGAAGUCUGGGAGGAGGAUGUUUCCACCCUUCAAGGUGUGUGUGGAUGGGCUGAACGAAAGCGCAAAAUACAUCCUGCUGAUGGAUAUUGUUGCUGUUGACAACUGCCGCUACAAGUUUCACAACUCCCACUGGACAGUUGUUGGAAAGGCCGACCCGGAGAUGCCAAAGCGGAUGUACAUCCACCCAGACAGUCCGUCCAAAGGGGAGCAGUGGAUGAGCAAGCCUGUUGCUUUUCAUAAGCUCAAACUCACCAACAACAUGUCGGAUAGGCAUGGAUUUACAAUCCUAAAUUCCAUGCAUAAGUAUCAACCGAGGUUUCAUAUUGUAAGAGCCAAUGACAUUAUGAAGCUCCCAUACAGCACCUUCAGAACUUACGUUUUCCCAGAGACUGAGUUUAUUGCUGUCACUGCCUAUCAGAAUGAAAAGAUAACGCAACUGAAAAUUGACAACAAUCCCUUUGCCAAAGGGUUCAGAAAUACCGGAAAUGGAAGACGGGAGAAAAGGGGCAAACAGCUUAGUAAAUCAGACCAGGACGGUGAUGAUUCUGAUGACUCAUCUGGACAACCCAGUGCUAGCGAGCCAUUUUAUUCUCCUCUGGAACUGGUCAGCAGCCCUCUGAUGUCCACGCCAACCUGCCAAGAUGCAAAAGGAAUCGAAAGCGAUUCCGAUAUUUACCCUGAAGACGAUGAUGUUUUGGAAGCCGGCCUUCCCAAGACUGCGCCAACAUUAACUACGAACCUGAUGGAUGAGGACGUUCUGCAAAACAUGCCUGAUUUUAGGCAAAGCAACAACAAAAAGGAGGGAUCAAGGGAGAUAAUUAUGCAAAGAGCACAUGAUGACAACCAAUACGUUAUGAAAGUAGGUCCUUUUAAAAACCAAAGGAGUGUAAUCAAAGACAGAGGGCUACCUACAAUGUCUCGAUCACAAAGCCUAACCUGCUUCAGUAGUUGUCACGGUCCAACUUUAGAUUUCUCGAGUGGCUAUGAACAACCAUUUGUCACUCUGCAAGAAUCUUUUCAAGAAAAAAGACAGCUACCACCGACAGCAAAGGGGUUUACCUCUAUGUGCGUGGGACCUGGAUUUACACCCUUGACUGGAAUUAACAACUUUGAACAAGGACUCUCAUGUCAAAGCAUCCAGUCUUCAGCUCCAUUUCCCUUCUCACAACUCACAUUGGGAUCUCAGGGAGUCACUCUGUCAUCUGUCGAUGGAAUGCCAUCAUAUCCAUACCACUGUGUGGUACCAGUAGGAGCGAGUGUUUCAGCUCUCCCAACCAGCUCUGCCACCCCGUCACUUUCUGGAAUCCAUCAUCACCGAAACCGUCAGCCGUGGUUGAGAUUAAGUCCAUAUCAGAUCCCACCAUCUUUCAGUUCUUGCCAAAAUUUCCUAACGACCACCUUGCCUGGAAGGUCACCUUCGCAGCCUGAGCUGUCCAAAUAUGGAAGCAAAGACUGGAGUUUGCCAUCUGGACGCGACAGUUACCAAGCAAAGGCCAUGCAAAAGACUGUUUCCCCAUUUGUUAUGGGGUUUGCUGAUGAACUACAACACACUUUCAGGGUUGGCAAGUUGCACAAGAAUAGCAACUAAAAUAAAUAACCAUUGAA